AUGGCACCAAACAACUCUUCGUCAUCUGCCAACCCAAAGGCAAAUGAGCAGCCCGACUUCAACAUGGUAAAUGCAAACCGUUCAUUCGGCACCGUGCAGCGCCAGAUGCCGCCCAACGAAGCCAGAAUUAUUCUCGAGACCAAGGUCAACAAUCACGCUCUACGGCAGGAGCAACUUCGCAAACAGAGAGCCAGGGCGUUCCUGGUAGCGGCCGUGGAGAGAGCGAGAGCCCGUUGCGAUGAGCAGAUGGCUCAGGUAGCGCAGAGAGACAUCGAAGCUGAGAUUCAACCCGAUGAAUUGUUCUACGGUAUGAUGGACUCGGGUCGUCUUGUCGGUACGCGGGCCGAGGAAGAGACUGCUGACAAUCAUUUGGACAGCGGCUUUACUGAGGCACAAGAGGAGGCUUUUGGAGAUGAGGCGCAGUUACAACAGGAGGAUGCAGGCGAAGGUCUAGAGGCUGGGGACGGUUCUGAUCUGUCCGAGGGGGAGUGGGAUGCGAACAGUCAGGCUUUGGCUGAGAGCUUUGCUUCACUUGAUUCAUAUGAAUUGAGCACCAACUUUCUCUGGGAUAUCCCCGAGGAAGGUCAGGAGUUUCGGGAGACGCGAGGGGAUGAAGACGAUUCCACUGCGUUUGAUGAAUGCCGUGACUUUGGUCUUCUUUCCGAGGAACAUACCGCCAAUGAAUCUAAUAACCACCUUGACGGGAUCGAAUCACGCCAGGAAGUCCAGGAGAGUCAGGAAGCCUGA